UCGGUUGCAAAUAUUUUUCGACGCUUCGCAGAUUACGGCUUUACUGGGAGUGCUCGGAAGAGCAGUCUAAAUUCCACAUAGAUCUGCUUCUUUCGUUCUCAUAAGACCGUAACAACCACUCUUUUACACUGGUGAAGCAUCAAGGCUGGUUUUCAAAUCACCAUGGCUAGCCGCAAAACGAAGAAGACGACAAAAAAGAGGGCUCAUAGAGCUACCUCCAAUGUCUUCGCCAUGUUUGACCAAAGCCAAAUUCAAGAAUUUAAAGAAGCUUUCAAUAUGAUUGAUCAAAACCACGACGGUUUUAUCGACAAAGAAGAUCUUCAUGAUAUGUUGGCUUCCCUAGGAAAAGACCCAACUGAUGGCUACCUCGAAGAAAUGGUGAAAGAGUCUCCAGGACCCAUCAACUUUACCAUGUUUCUCACUCUGUUUGGCGAGAAGUUGAAUGGUACAGAUCCCGAAGAUGUUAUUCGGAAUGCAUUUGCAUGCUUUGAUGAAGACGGCAAUGGACGGAUACACGAAGAUCUUUUGAAAGAGGCCAUGAUGUCCAUGGGAGACAGAUUUUCCGACGAGCAAGUCGAUGAUAUUCUCCGCGAUGCGCCGAUCGAUAAAGAAGGCUUUUUGGACUAUAGCAAAUUUACUAGGAUUCUCAAGCACGGAAAAAAAGACGACAAUGAUUAAUAUAAAAACGUUGAUCAACUGUAAACACCCGCCAAAACCUCAAGAACAACCAAGCUUUAUACUAUAAAGAAGUAUACUUUGUAAUAUGUAGUUGUUUUUUUAUACGAUUUUGUAUCAUGAGUCUUUCGAGGCGUUGUUCACAUAAGUAACUUUCAUAGAAUUAGAAUAACCUAAUAUGGAGUGUGCUUUUUCCGGUUUUCUCUAAAAGAUCCAUUUUUACAUUUAAUGGAUCAAAAGCUUAUAAAUAUGGGGCAAUCAAUAUUUCUUAAAAUCACAUUCUCUAUAUUUUGUGCAUCCAGCGAGACAGAUUACCAUCCCUCAGUCUAAUCUCUGCUAACUUUGAGAUGGCAUACAGCUGAAGCAUUGAUAAGCCAGUCAUACAUGUGAUGUAAAAUAAGCAGAAUUGCAUUAUAACAUUAAAUUUCGUAUUUAAAAA